AAGCGUCCUUUAAAUCAUCUUUAAAAACCCACCUUUUAUAAUGGUUUUAUAAUGGUAGAACCCUAGACUUGGAAUAAUAAUCUCUGAUACAUUCUCAGCGCUCUGUUCAACCAGGUCAAGAUUUACAUUUAGAAGACAGGGAUCUGGGAUGAUGUUUACCACACCUAAAAUACAACAGCUUUGCCUGGUAUUGACUUGUUGGCUUGGAGGACUAUUCUCUUGCUUGUUGUUUUUUCAGUAUUCCUCACCAUCAUGUGCACCUCAACACAUUCCUUCUUAUCAGCCCGACGUUUACAAGAACUUAACCAUCAAUCCCACUUCUGCUGCAACUCAGGCUAAGGAGGAAAAGCCCAUCCUUCUGCUGUGGUUCUGGCCUGAAAACUACAAGUGGGACUUUCGUGACUGUAAAACCAUAUACAACAUCGACGGCUGCCAUUUGACUGAUGACAGAAACCUUUACAACCAAGCAGACGCAGUCCUCAUUUUCCACAAAGCUAUCAAAUGGGAUCUGUCUAACCUUCCACCUUCUCCUCGGCCUCCAUUUCAGAAAUGGAUCUGGCUUCAUGUAGAAUCGCCGACCAACACGCCAAAGAUACCAGGUUUGGAGAACCUUUUUAACCUCACGCUGAGCUACAGACGGGAUGCAGACAUUUCUGUGAGAUAUCGACUCACUGUCAGCAAAAAGCCUAAUGAGGACUUCGUGAUCCCAAAGAAGGACAAGCUCCUCUGCUGGUUCGUGUCCAACGUUGCCAGCCAUACAGGAGUAGGGACCAGGAUGCAGUACUACAAUGAGUUAAAGAAGUACAUCGAUGUGCGCAUUUUUGGAAGAAUGGCUGGAGCGCGCUUGAGAGAUGAAGACUACUACUCCACUAUGGCUACCUGUAAGUUCUACCUUGCUUUUGAGAACUCCAUUCACAAGGACUACAUCACAGAGAAAUUAAACGGUCCUCUCGCAGUCGGGACCGUCCCUGUCGUCAUGGGGCCUCCAAGACAAAAUUAUGAAGACUUUGCUCCAGGUAAUUCCUUCAUUCAUGUUAAUGACUUCCCUGAUGCUCAAGCACUGGCUAAUCGUCUGCUUCAGCUGGACAAAGAUGACGAAGCUUACAAGCACUACUUUGAUUGGAGAAAACAUGUGACUGCGACUCCACAUCUGGUCAUUUGGAAUCAAGAGUUUAUCAUAUAUAUCUGUCACGCCUGUGAAUAUAUUGGAAGGCACAAAGAGUAUAAAGCUGCACAUGACAUCUACAAGUGGUGGUUUUCAUAAAGAAGAACUUGAGCACUAUCAUUAUCAUUCCAUCAUUAUAAACCUUUAGGACUGGGCUGAGAUUUCUUUGUAAGUCGGUAAUGAUUCCUGAAUGCUAGCUAUAAUAACAUGCUAUAAGUAAUUCCUGAGAACUCAUUAUCAUAUUAGUGUCAUGAUUCACUACAGUGCCACAUGGUGUGCUAUUAACAAUUAGGAAAACAUUAUAAAUGUCUUACAACUUAUAUAUAAUAUUAAAGUAAUUAUUUUACAUGACGUCAUUUUUAUAACUUUUUUUUUUUUUGUAAUUAUUGACUAUAACAGUUGCUUAAUAAUUAUGCACAGGUCAUUAUGAGUUAUAAAUGUUGUAAAGUACACCACAUGGCAUGAUAAUGAAUAGUUCAAUCUUACGACUAUAAAGAAAUGACAUAUUAAAUGGCAUUAUUCAGGAAUUACGACCAACUUAAAAAAAAAUUUUGGAAGCACUAUUAUAAUGAUUUGUGACAAGCUUAAUAGAAAAUGUUACUGAACUUUUAAUGUUGUCAUCAAUUUUAAUGAAAAUAUUUAUAUAUUUUUUUCUCACUUUGAAAAUAUAUGUUUUUUUGGUACGGAUAAACAUGAAGAUGCUGAUGAUACAUGAUUUCCAUAUGCGAUUGUUCUCAGUAGUGCAAUAUAGAAAUUAAUGAAUGACUUAUGACUUAUUGGUUUGUUUAUACCAUGUUAAUGUGGCUAAUCUGACAUAAAAGCUGUAAUGGUUCACUGCGAGCAAGAGAGCAAACAAGAAGGAACAGGAACAUAAUAAUGAAGACAGUAGAUUGAAGCAUAUCGCAUAUCGGGAUUUUUUUUCUGUGUGUACUUUAAUAUCGAGUUUGAUUGGUUGGGAUUGGUACUUUCUUGUUCAUUCUGGUUUUUCUGGGAAUACUGUGCAUGAUUUGCAACUAUAAAGAAUUUGAUGUUCACUGUGUGAA